AUGAAAGCAACAAGCACAACACCAUCUACGUCAGCACCUGUCGCUCAUAACGCUCUACCUCCACCAUCUGCAACAUCCAAUGCUCGCUCUUCUAGAAUCGCUCCUCACUCGCACAUAAAAGGAUUGGGGCUUACAUCAGAUGGCCUUGCAGCACCUGAUGGAGCAGGAUUCAUAGGCCAGAUUAAUGCUCGAGAAGCAUGUGGUGUGGUGGUGGAUCUUGUAAAAUCCCGCAAAUUUUCGGGACGUGCGCUACUUCUCGUAGGUGCGCCGGGAACAGGCAAGACAGCCCUUGCUCUAGCAGUAUCGCACGAACUUGGCAACAAGGUACCAUUCUGCCCGAUGGUUGGUUCUGAGGUGUACAGCACAGAGGUGAAGAAGACGGAGGUACUCGCAGAGUCGUUCAGGAGGGCAAUCGGUCUGCGGAUAAAAGAAACCAAGGAGGUCUACGAAGGAGAGGUCACCGAACUUACACCCGCAGAAUCUGAGAAUCCAUUGAGCGGAUACGGAAAGACAGUCUCGCAUGUUAUCGUUGGUCUCAAAACCGUCAAAGGUACCAAGCAGUUACGACUGGAUCCCACCAUCUAUGAAGCAAUCCUCAAGGAAAAAAUUGUGGUCGGUGAUGUUAUCUAUGUGGAAGCCAAUACUGGUGCAGUCAAGAGAGUUGGACGAUCUGAUGCAUAUGCCUCCUCCUACGACCUCGAGUCCGAGACAUACGUGCCAUUACCAAAAGGCGACGUUCAUAAACGUAAAGAGCUUGUUCAAGAUGUUACUCUCGGUGAUCUCGAUGCCGCCAAUGCACGUCCGCAAGGCGGUCAAGACAUCAUGAGCGUCAUGGGUAGCCUCGUGAAGAGCGGAAGGACGGAGGUGACAGAUAAACUUCGAAGAGAAGUCAACAAGGUGGUGAAAGGCUACGUAGACCAGGGCGGCGUGGUUUUCAUUGAUGAGGUCCAUAUGUUGGAUAUCGAGUGCUUCACCUAUCUCAAUGCCCUCCUUGAAUCACCCAUGGCACCUACUGUAAUACUUGCUACCAAUCGUGGAAAUGCACUAGUACGAGGGACGACCGACGUCGUCUCACCUCAUGGUGUCCCUGUAGAUCUGUUGGAUCGGUGUCUUAUUGUUAAGACUGACGGAUACAAUCGCGAGCAGAUCGGCAAGGUAGUACAAUUACGCGCGAACGUAGAAGGCCUUAAAUUGGGUCCUGGAGUUUUGGAGCGAAUAGCAGAGGAGGGUGAACGAGGAUCGAUGCGAUAUGCUCUCCAACUUCUUACGCCAGCUUCAAUCCUCGCCAGUCUUUCCGGAAGAAGCCAGAUAGAAGUAGAGGAUAUUGGAGAGAUGAAUGAACUGUUCUUAGAUGCGAAGACUUCUGCAACUAAUAUUGGCGCGGACGGUGGCUUUGAUGGAGGAAAGAUGUGGUGA